UUUGUAUUGACCAGUAUUUCCAAAAGUAUUUCUGCCAACAAUGACAAACAAAAACUUGUAUUUUGUAUUGACAUUUAUCUCUUUAAUACAUUUUACCACAUAUGCCAAAUUGAUCAAUAACACUUUAUGUGUAGACUGCAGGCCGGAAAGCAAGGAACUCUGUACAAUCGAGAGCGAAACGGGAUAUAGUUGCAAGCAUUGGACUAAGAAAAGUGAAAGUAGGACUAGGAAAAGUGAGAGUAAAAUAUUAGAUCUUCUUUUUGGAGAGGAUGAUAAAAGAACGACAACGACAACAAAAAGGCCUACAACGCCAAAGCCCGAGGUAACCAGUGAUUUGGACGUCUGCCUUCCACCAGACCUGAAUUUCACAGAAAAUGAUUUUAAAGUAUGCUGCGUUUGGUCACCCAAACUUGGAUGUCAGGUGCUGGUAAGUGCGAGCUACACAAGCAGAUAUUGCCUUCAGUGCAGACAAGGUGUUGGGGAUGGCUUAGAGCCCUGUCCUUGCAAGGAAAUAGAAGAAUCAAGUUCAGCGAGACGAUGCUGCAGAUCUUUGGAUGCCGUGAUUGCGACAUAUAUAGCAACUCUGAUGAUCUUCAGAUGAUAAUAACAUGUUAAUCUAAUAAUAAACUGGUGUAUAUGAAUAUUUUUAAAGUCAAA